GGAUCAUUUAGCACCAAGUGGCUGACCGAGCAGUAGUACGCAUGCGCACUAAAUAACCCGGAAACGGGCUCCAUAACAGCAGAAUAACUCUGAAGGGUUUUCACCAUAUAUUCGUGGUUUUCAGUGAAACUCUCCAGAUUAAACCAUGCACCUUCACUUCACUAAAGAUGUUUUACCGGACGCUGUGAGCACAGACUUUCAGAACUUGAACAAAUUCAACGAGCAGCAAUUUCUUUGUCUGAUUGAAAUUCUCUUCCAGUUCCUGCUGGAGCCUAAAGAGACGGAGAGGUUUAUGCAGCAGCUCACUGAAUUUGCAAGUGAACAGGGGAUGAGUAGUGGUCCUCUGAGGAACCUGAUGAAGAGCGCCCUCCUCGUGCCACAGGGAGCCCUGAAGAAAGACCUGACAGCUGAGCAGAUUGAGGAAGAUCUUGUGACAUUAGGACUAAACAAGGACAAGGCGGCUCAUUUCUCACAGCAGUGGGGGGAGCACUAUGCAGCUCUGUCCCGACUUGCUGUCGGACAGACCCUUAUGGUCCACCAGCUGGUUGACAUGGAGUGGAAGUUUGGAGUGACUGUCGGCACUAGUGAGAUUCAGAAAGUGGGCAGUAUCUUUCUGCAGUUGAAACUGGUGGUCAGAAAGGGAGAUUCCACAGAAAACGUCUAUAUGGAGUUGACACUCCCUCAGUUUUACAACUUCCUACAUGAGAUGGAGAGAGCCAGGGCCAGCAUGGAGUGUUUCAGUUGAGUGUGUGUGUGUGUGUGUGUGUGUGUGUGUAUACAUGUCUAUUAUAUUGUGAAGUCAAAUUUUUGAUGCCAUUGUUGUGAGAACACUUAAGCUGGUCUCAGACCUUCACAGGGCUGUUUGAAGGGUAAGACUUGGUUUGAGGGUUAAGGGUAGAAUUAGGUUAGAUUAGCAUUAGGGGCUAGGGAAGGCAUUAUGUCAAUGAGCUGCAGAACAGUGAGUGGUGUUUAUUACAGUGUGUGUGUGUGUGUGUGUGUGUGUGUGUGUGUGCGUGCGUGUGUAUGGCACAGACAGCCUGUCAGUGACUGAAGCUGAACAUAAAAAGAAAUUUUGUAGCUUCCUGUCAGACAUUUAUAGUUAAAUCAAUAAAGAUGAAUACACAGAAGAAGCACUAAUGUCCUGCAGUGUUUUGUAAACUUUGAUUUAUGUGGGAAUAAAGCAUCAAUCCUGUCAAUGAAUUUCUUCUUCUGGCAUUAGCAAAGGGACUGUUUUAAUAGCUGAGAUGUGAAUGAAGCCCUGUGACAGACUGGCGACCUGUCCAGGUGUACCCUGCCUCUCGCCCAAUGUCAGCUGGGAUUGGCUCCAGACCUCCCUGCGAGCCUCUUCAGAAUAAGUGGUGUAGACAAUGGAUGGAUGGACAUAAAUGAUGUCUGACAUGUCGUCAAUACUUACUCCUCAUCUGUUGUGAAGACAAAGCUUCAGUGGACAUUGUGGGAAAAUUUUGGUGCUUCAUUCCUAAACAAAAAGUGUGAAAUGAGAUAAAGUUAACCCACGGCCACCCAGACCUGUUUGAUUAAAUUCAGUCCUGUUGUUUCUUGGCA